AUGUUGCAUAUGGAGCUCGUGGGUUUAUUACUAGAUAAGAUAAAACUAAUACGGACCCGAUGUCUUAAUACUCAAGAACAUUGUAAUAUUAUAUUAUACACAGUUUAUUGCAAGUUAUCGUCGUUCACUGCAGAUGCAUUCAUGUUGACAUAUUACUUGGUCUACAUGUUGUGCUGGUAUACUCUGGUCCGGCAGUUGAGAGGACAGGCUGGAAAUACGAACUUGAUGAAUACCAUGGAUACUGUGUUCAGGCUGCCUGCAGGUACUACGGUUCCGGACUAUGACGACUUACGAUUCGAGUUGCAGAGGACUUCAACGGUACCGAUAACUUAA